CGAGUGACAGAGGGAGAAAAACAAAAAAAUCAAUGUCGAGAGGCAAGCCGCCAGGGCCCUCUGCCGGGCAUGUGAGGAACCACCUUCUGUUUACUUCGGGGCUCGGCUGUGAUACUCUUCGGAUUUCUCUCAUUCCCAGCCCGAAGAAGCCGUCCAGCAGCGUAAAUCACCAUGUGAAGUGAAGGAGUAGCUCGGCCAGCACAGUGUGGCCACUCUUGCUGGGACAUCUGCUGGCCAUCAAGACUCGCCAUGGAGGAGACCGUUGGACCCUUCACGUUCACCUCAAACUUCGAGUGUGGAAACUUAGCUCGAGCAGAGAGGGUGGACUCACCAGGAAGUGGCCAAGGCUCCUCCCUUGGUGGAAGCCGCAAGACCCAAAAGGCUGCUGCCUCAUCCUCCUCUUCCUCCUCUUCAUGCCAGCCGACUGUUGAGCCUUUACCAGUCAACUAUGAAUACAACCUGUGGACGCGUCCAGACUGUUCUGGGACCGAGUAUGAAAACAACAACCGGACCUGGUUCUUCUUUGGCAUCAGAGGAGGAAGCGUGGGCAACCGAGUGCGUCUGAAUGUGAUGAACCUCAACAAGCAGACGAAGCUCUUCUCCCAGGGCAUGCAGCCCGUGGUGCAGUGUGUGUCCAGCGCACGCCCUCCUCGCUGGGAGCGCAUCAAGGAAAAAUGCACCUACAGGAGUGAGGAAAGCAGCACCGUCAUCUCGUGGGUGCACACAGUGAGUGAUGCGGCCGCCACCACCCACUAUGCCUUCACGUACCCAUACACCUACUCUGAAGUGCAAGCAGUAUUAGAGGGGCUAGACCGCCGCUUUCCAGCUGGCUGCACAACCCUCUAUUACCACCGCGAAUUGCUGGCCUACUCCCUAGACCGCUGGCGUGUUGACCUGCUCACCGUCAGCUCGCACAGUGGACGGGCCGAGGAGAGAGAGGAUCGACUGCCCGGCCUCUUCCCUGUGCCCAGCCAGCUCAGGCCCCACCGCUUCCCCGGCAAGAAGGUGGUGUUCAUCUCUGCCAGAGUUCACCCGGGCGAGACCUCCUCUAGCUUUGUGCUGAAUGGCUUCCUCAACUUCAUCGUGUCCGGAGACCCACGGGCCGAACGACUGCGUGACAUGUUUGUGUUCAAGCUGAUCCCGCUGUUGAAUCCUGACGGCGUGGUGCGAGGCCACUACCGAACUGAUCAGCGUGGCGUCAAUCUCAAUCGUGUGUACAUUGACCCCUCGCCUGUCCUCCACCCCACCAUCCACGCAGCCCGUCAGGUCAUCCUCUACCACCACCAUGGUCAUCUUUCUCCGAGCUCCUCUGAAACUAGCCCCUCGCUCUCCACCAUGACCUCAGACUCCACUGACCCAUCAGCCACUGCCACCACCACCUCCACCUCAGACUCCACUGAGGGCACGUGCUCCUCCAUGGGGGAGUCCAAGGGACCAGCAGUCGUAGUGAUGGACGAGGACACGUGCCACAGCUUCAGCGAUGUUCAGUCUGGCCGGGCAGGGGGUGAAGGGGGCGGUGGACGUGUACGAGGGGUGUCCCUGAUGGAGCUGGAUGAGCCGUCUGCCUCGGGAUGGGACAUAUCUAACAGUGUGGCCAGCACGUCACUGCCACGGGGUGCUGCGGCUGACCUGCACGAUGACUGCUCCAAUGUGUCUGGCAUCAGCGAGGCAGAGACAGGUGUCACCGCCAUGUUUGGCUCCAUGUCUGCCGUCAGCGACUUUUCAAACUUGUUGCCAGGUGGGGCAAGUGGAGACAUGGCUGUGUCCCCAGGCAAGAAGGCCGGAGUAGGGGGCGGCAGCAAGUCACGAGACCUUUUCCUCAAGGAUUUCCACAAAGAGGAAAGUGAGUGUGCAUUCCUCAGCUGCUUCCCCAAGCCAGCUGAGGCUUCCGACAAGAUUGUAAACUCUUUCAGUGGUGUGAGUGCAUCUAGUCAGUGUGCCCAGGAGGGGUGUGGUGGAGAGGGAAAGGGCAUGGAAGGCAACAGAGAUCUGAUUGUGGGCCUACAGCACAAGACUAUCCUCAAAACAUGCUCUCCCCCAACCCCAGUGCUUGCGCGUUUGGCUGGCCGCGAGGGCUGCGGGGUGGCCAGCAGCAGUGAGAGUGAGGCGGAGUGUGGCAGGCCAGGCCGGGAAAGUGAGGGACUGGGACGGGGCUGCCUGGCUGCUCCCCUUCAUCUGGGCACAGAGGAGUUUCCUCCCACCCUUGCACCUCCAACCCCAGUGCCAGAAGAAACCAAAGUCACCUCUGGCCUCUUCCUCUAUGUAGACCUUCAUGGCCAUGCCUCCAAGAAAGGUAUCUUCAUCUACGGGAACUGGUAUGAGGACCCAGCGGUGAUGGUGGAGAACAUGCUCUUCCCUAAACUUCUUGGCAUCAACUGCCCCAACUUUGACUUCUCAGCAUGUAACUUCUCUGAAAGGAACAUGUACCUCAAGGACCGCAGGGACGGCAUGAGUAAGGAAGGCUCUGGCAGGGUUGCCAUCAUGAGGGCCACUGGACUUCUUCGCUCCUACACCCUCGAGUGCAAUUACAACACUGGCCGAACUCAUAACCCGACCCCACCAUCACCGUUAGAUCAUAAGAAGUCUCCUCCAGGUCCUCUCAACACCCCUCCCAAGUACACACCAGCUGUAUUUGAAGACUGUGGGCGGCAGCUGGGUGUGAGUCUGCUAGACCUGGUGAACGGUGGCAGUGAGUGGUCCCGGGUGCCCCAGUCCCAGUAUGGUAGUCUGACUGGGGUUCGAACAUGGCUCCACCACUUCCUCACUUCCUCCGCCCUCUCCCCCCGAAAUCAGCUAGCUGGCCAGCAAAUCCCCCGUGCCUACACGUCCCGCACCUCCAACAAGCUAAGUGUUGAACGCAUCACUGGAGCUCGAGCAGCAGCAAGUGGCCCUAGACUGGGCCCUAACAGACAGGGUCCCCCCAGCACCCCAGCCUCCCCAAGACUACCUCGGACACGUGGCCAGCGGGUCCGACGACACUCAUGGUGCCUUACUGUGGAUGCAGAAAACCAGGAGCCUCGGGAAGCUUCAGAGGGACCAGCACGACCCAGACCAACCAGUGCCAAGAAACCCACGACCCCUGGUGGCCUGUCUCCACGCUGCAAGCCCAAGUCUCAGAAAUUAAAAGCUCCAUCACCCAUCAAGACAGGGGUGUCCCGUUCCCUAACCUUUACUGACCUGGGUGAGAGUAGCCACAUCUCUGCAGAAAGUAAAAUGGCCAGCAGUAAGAUGACCUCCAACAAACACAGUCUCACUGCCUCAGUCAGCCUCACACCAAACCUCAAUGUAAAACUCUCUAUCUCUGACACCCCUGAGAGUCCCAAACUGGUUAAGAAGGUUGAAAAAAUUAGACGGCAGCGCAGCAAAGGUUUAGCUUCAAGCACCAAGAAGCUGAAGGUUUGUCCAAGCUCCAGCUCGAGCACAGAGGAGUCAAGCCUCAAGGCUAAGGAGCCUUCCUUCUACAACCUUCCUAGUCUUGAAACCAGCGAUCGCAAGUGUAAUCCACUGUCUCCCUCACAGGAGGGCUUUUACGCCACCAGCCAAAGCCCCUUAUCUCCUCGCUCCCCUCUGUCCUCAGUGUGUGAGCCUCAGGCCAGCCAAAGCAGUCCAGGGCUCAGUAUCAUCACCACAGCUGCUUCUUGUGACCUGUAUGUGCAGCCCAAGUCCCCAGCCGUGGUCCCCACCACAAAGAAAGUGGCCAAGGUUUUGUCCUCCCCAAGCAAACGCUCCAGCAAACACACUCUCAAGUCCCUUUCCAAGAGCAUGGACCGGCUGCCUGCAGUGGCUGGGGCAGCAGGGGAGCGCCUCAAGCUUCUUCCUAAGAAGGUGAAGAAGGUGUCUGCCAGGAGUGUGACAGACCUGCCUGGCACCAUCACCUCCCAGGCCAUCAAGCCAGCCACCUCUCAGCCCACCCUGGGAUGGAUCAUAACUGAACCUCCACAGACCCUUGCACCAGACUUAGAACCUGAUCCACCAAAACUAAAAAAACGUAAAAAGAGCAGCAGAAAGUCACUCUAAGUGGCAACAUCGGUCUUCAGAUUAGCGUCUCAGUUUUUCUUGGUCUGAGUAAUUUUACCACUUAGUUUAUCCUAAGAUUUUACUCUGCUAUAUAACUUAACUCAUUCAUGUUGCACCUUCUGUAUUAAUCUCUAGGAUUCAGUCACUGACAGUGACAACAAGUAACUCUUGUUUUCAUGGUUGAAGUAGACUUUUUUACCAGAUGCGAAUGAUUCUUUUCUGUGGAGUAAUUUCAAUUCUUAAUUCAUUUAAAUACACAUUGAAAGCUACACAGUAAGAAUUUUAAUAGUAAUAACUAACCAUAGUAAUAAUGACAGACUGAAAUCAUCCAUUCACUUGGUGAUGCCAACCCACACAAAGGGACCAGGUUAAGGAGGUAAUUGUAGCUGCUUCCCAGCAGGUCGAGCAACUGGGCCAGGAUGUUUGGGCGUAGUCUUGUGAGAGUUUUCCAAAGGGGGCCAGGUGGCUCCAUCAUUAUAUUGUUUGUGUUAAUAAGGACGCAAAUUUGAAUCUCAGUCAUAUUUCCUUCCUCUUGAAAGGUGGCACCUCAUAACUUAACCAGCUACCUGGCCUUUAUUGCCUAGGUCUAGGAUCAUACAGUUCAUUCAGCUUUCCAGAGAACAACAAUACUGUCAGCAAACCUGAGAUCACAGAAGGUGCACAUGUCACUAUAGUGCAGCAGACCACGUCGCAACACAGGAUGUGGACCAGUAGAGGGCUUCCAUGGUGGCACAGCAGAGUGUCACAUAUUCCAGUCACAAAUCAUGGCAAAGAAAUUCUUCUGCACAAUUACUGUUAAGGUUAAAUGUAAAAAUUUUUGAGGACCCCGGCAGGCACAUGUGAACUGAUUAGCAGUAACCUCCAUCUCAGCGGAAAGUUUGCCGCUUGGCAUUGCAGUGUGAGAUGACUGGAAACUUUGUGUAUGUAAAUACUAACAAGACCCAUAACUUUGCCAGAACUACCCAGAUUGCAACAGCUGAUGCUGUGAUGUGGAAGGUAGUUUUUACCAAAUGUAGAGUUGCCAUUGCUAUGAACUUCCAGGAGCCUGCUGAAUCCCAGUAGACUCAGGGCAAGGCUCCUGGAUAACAUUUGUUACAAGAAUAUAUAGAGGCUGCAAAGAAAAGGAUGCUCAUCUUCAUAGCACGCCUAGCACUUGACAAGAAAUUUUACUCAAAAAUAGAUUUUAUGAUCUGUGCAUCUGAAACUAUAAACAGGAGUAGCAGCCAAGCUGUCACCUUUAUCAUGGCUGGAGGUGGGCAUGUGUUUGCUGUUUGAGCCCCAGUCGUAGUAAUAAACAAUACUAUUAGUGGUGAGCCCCAGUCGUAGUAAUAAACAAUACUAUUUCCACUAAAAAAACAUUUCUCUGUUCCUACUGAAGCAUUAACGGAACACAAAUUUUGCAUAGUGGUAUUGAUGCCAUGCCAUUUUAACAUUAAAUUAAUUCUAUGAUGAAACUGAAGGACAUUUGCUAAGCUCCCUUUCAUCCCCUGACUAGUGAGUGUAGUGGGUUGACACAAGCUCUCACACAGGGUCACGCUGCCAGGAUGCCUCAGCCGUCUCUGAAGCAUACACCGGCUAACUUGCAAUGGGAGGAUGAGCUUUUGUCAGGCUCCAUGCAGCAGCUUGUCUCAACCUGUACUUGGGUCAAGGGAGAAGAUUCACAGCCAGGAAACGCUGCUGACACAUUAAGUCAAGUUCUUUGGUAGCCACAGGUUUUUCUCUUUGUAGCAGCCUGGCAGAGGUAGACUAGUGGAGUAACAUGAUGUUCUCUGAUAUACUGCAUUCUCCACAGCCACAGCAGUUUACUUUACAAUAGUGAUUGCACCCACCCUAGAAAUUAAUCUUAAAAUUCACAUUUAUACACAUAGUGAAAGAAUGUGGCUAAACAUAAUACGUAGAAAGGGAAGUUGUGAGGGACAUGCUGCACACAAGCAUGCUUCCUCCUUUGUGGCUGUCACUCUCAAGGCACAAGUUUGCUGAUACCAUUCAUUGUUUGUAUCUUCACCCAAGUGACAAGAUAGAUAAAAGUGAUAAAGUCACCUAAAAGUUAUUGUUAUUUUGUAUUCUCUACAGUGAAGAAGACAGCCUGUUUCUAUUGUAGUCUCUGCCUAAUAGCUUUAAUGUAAAUUACACUCAUAACAAUGAAUAACUGGUGAACAAUGUACAUACCUGAUCUACAAAGACUGGGCACACAUAGCAAAUAUGCUCACCUCUUCCCUUCUCACCAAAAGCAUAGUUUAGCAAAUAACGAGUCAGUUGGACCACAAUCAGGGCUCAUGUGUUCCUGCCUUGAUUUGUAGUUAGUACAAAAUUUUAAUGUGUAGUUUUUGUACGUUCCUUGCUUUUAGUACAUUUGUUAAUAGAAUCGUGUAAUUUUGUAGUCUUGUUGCCAAGAGGACAAAUAAGCUAUGACUGACCACUGUGAGGUAUAGUAUUUGUAAAUGUGUACUUAUAUCACACAAUGUUGAGCUGUUGGCAGGAAAGGGGUUCCUGCACUCUGGGACUGUUAGUCUGUGCAGCCAUGAGUUGGGAGGGAGGAGGCCAGACCUUAGUGGAGGGAGACAGCAGUAUGUGAUGGUGCUGAUCAUUAAAUCUUUAUUUGUAAAUUUUCUACUGUGCUUCAUCUCUAAAGCAAUAUGUUUCUUAAUAUGGUUGUUGAAUUUUUUGUAGGUGCUCUUUAGAUUUGUAGAUAUUUUCAUGGCAUUCAUAUGCAUAAAAUUCAGCGUAUGUUCACACCAGCAUUUACCAUCCUUCAAAUAUUUUUUCAUGAUCAUUGAGCAUUUGGGGGAAACAGGUUGGAUUUCUGAUCAGUGUUUCCUGUGUGAUAAUAAUUAAUAUUAGAAAAUAAUGUACACUUGCCAUAUUAAUACACUACCACUGAGCCUAAUAGAUUUCACAUAAUAUUACUUGCUUCUUAGUAAUAAUGUCACAUGUAUCACUGAAACACGCUGAGAAGAUGUUAUGAUUAUUUUAUGAUGCAUUGCACAGUUAAAGACAACAGCCUUUUGUGACGGCAAGAGUUGAGGCGCAGGGGUAACGGUAUUGGCAGCCAAGUGUACAUGCAUCACACUGUACAUAUUCAACAAGUGAUGACUCGUAAGGGAAACAUUUGACCUUUCUCUGCAAUGGGGAUGAAAAGGUAGAUCUUACCUGUACAUACAGAUCAUUGAUUAAGAUUCAGGACUCUUAGCUUAUGUGUUUAUUUGCUUGAGGAAAGAUAAUUUGUUUAACACAGUAAAUGAUGAUCAGUAAAAUUUCUAAGAGUGGUUACCUAGUACUGCAGUAAGUUUCUUAGUAAACAUGCAAUAUGUAUCAGUUUUCCAUGGAGAAAUGUUCCUUUCUUCCCAAGUACUGCAUAGUGUAGUAUUCAAGUGAAACCCUGCAACACAGAAGAGUAAUGUCCCGUUUGUAGUGGCUGUGUCUACAAUGCACUGAUGUAGAGCAGUUUUAUGUCUGACUAAACACAACCACAAGCACUCACACCUUACAGUAACUGCAAGGUUUUGAAAGCAUCCAAUGAAGUGUUUGCAGUGUAGGGUGUCAUUUAGAGUUAAGUGUGCCGAGGCAUCCCGAGGAAGGGGUCAGUGUGUAAUGAUUAUGACAGAAUUAUCAAUGUUGAUACUUGCACAUCAUGGCAGUCAUCACGCCAGGUUAGGUUGCAGGUGGAUGUGCCUUGGUGAAGGUUGAGGCCUCCAGUGCUUCUGUAAGCUCAACUGUGCAUGCUUCCUCAGCCUGUGUGUAGUCUAAUGUCUUCUUGCUUGUAUUUUUUGAGCCAUGGAACAUGUCUACAGUUUCCAUGCAGUACCCCAAAUGAUGUUUAUACUCAGUCUCAUGAUAUAUAUCUCAAAUCCUGUAUUUAACACAAAAUAAUAUCUAAUGUAAAACAUCCCGAGUCUCCUGCACUCCUUUCCUACUUCAUUUCAUGGAGAUUUGUUUGAUGGAGAAAAGAAUGUUUAAUCCUGGACAGUGAGUGUUACACAACAGAAGAGUUUGUUGUUUGACAGGUGAAGCCAACUUGGAAAUAAUGUCAGAGGACUUACACAUGAAAAAAGUGGAAAUGUAAUUAAAAAAAAGUCUAAGCUCCAUCUUCCAUCUUGACCAAGACAGUUAAGUGAAAAAAAAUGUUAUGGAUGCAUUUAUUAUUAUUUCUUUUUAUGAUAAUGAAUUGCAUACUUUUUCAUCAGAUGCAUGAAGCAAAUGUAUGAGUAAAUAUGUAUGUACAUUACAUAAUAUUUUUUUACAUACUCACUUAUACAGGAGAGACCGAUGCAAGACAUGAAUGACCCCCGCAGAGCACAGCCGCUCCGUACCAGUCCUCUGCACCGGGUGGCUGACCGUAUUGCUCACCUGUGUUCCCUUCCUGUGAUAACUGCUUGUGGACUAAAACAUUUAAGUUUCCCAUUGACCGAGAUAUUUGGUAGUAUCAUAUUAGAUGGACCUCAUUGCCAGCACGCUGCUCUUUCUUAGGACGUUUAUAUGCCGAUUUAUUAUUUGUCCCUAAAGUCUGUUGCAGUUGUUGCAUUAGUUCUCUUUGUAGUACAUGGUUACUGGAAGCUAAGGUGUGUCAUCACACUAACAUUUUCUGGAUGGUGAAAUAAAUUUGUUUGUCAUUUUCUUAGUUCAAAUUUACACAGAUUGUUGAUAGUAAUUUCUUAGCCAUGCAUACAGCAGGAUUUUUUUUAUUUUAUAUGAGACUUUGACACAGGCUUACAGCAAAGGCAGCUUUAAUACUUUUGCUUAUAAAAGUGGAGAUAUAAGGGAUUUUCUUUGUAAUUUUUGCUUUGCAGCUAUUUCAUCAUCAGUAUUAGACAGCUUUGUUAUAACUGUAAACUGGAUAAAGCUAAAUUAUUUAUUGGACAGUACUGUUGAUCAAGAAAUUGUUUGUGAUAAAUAGGGAUUUUUGUUCAAGUAUAGUAGCUAUAUUGUAGACUCAGAUUUCCAGUAAAAUACAAGAACAAUAUGUCAGGUGCAGUAUGUAAUGAAAAAGACAGCCAAUACUCUUCAUUUAGGACUUUAAUGUGGAUUAUAUAAUACUUAUGAACACAGGACAUCACUAUGAAUAACUGUAGUAUAAACAAGAAAAUUUACUAUCCAGUGCAUGAAACCUAACAGUUUACCACUGUUAAAUGAGAAGCAAUAAUUUGCAUCACUGCUGAGUGAGAAACUCCUCAGUGAAUUUUACAUUUCAUACACAUCAAUAUGCAACUCAUUCACACUCAGAAAAAAUGUCAUGUCACUUAACUCAAUGGGAUCUCACUAGGGUCUCUAUCCUAUGGCAUAAAUACAGAAAAUAUCACUACAGUGAUGUAUGAAAAACUACCAUGACACAUUUCAACACACUUUACAUCUUGACAUAUUUAUGGGUUUGACUCCUGACUGAAAUAAGGUUUUAAAAGGAUUAUUCUGUUCAAAAUAUAAUUUAGUGUUUUCCACUAGGAAUUUAGAUGCAGUCUGUUUGUGUUCUAUGCCAAUUUAAAAUAGUGUGUAUCAUCCACAGCCCAUUUUUAACAGCAGUGGUGUAUGUGAGGGAUGAGGAGGCGCCUGAAAAUGUUUCCCCCUUUAGUUCCCAAUGGAAAGGGCCUCAAAAUUUAUCUCAGGGUCUGUCUUUUAAUACACACAUGAUUUAAGACAAAUAAAAGGUGGGCUGGGAGGCCUCCUGCAAAAAAAUAAACAAUAAACAAAUAACAUGUUCCAGGAGGCUCCUCACAAAACCAAGCCCUACCAGGCCCCAAAAUCUCUAGCUCCAUCCACUUACCACUAUGUACAUUAACGCAGUACAACUUGGGUUUGCACAGUACUGUUCCACUAACUGAUGCGUGGCACUGAUAUGCACGCGCUGUGCUGCCAGCAUAAGCACAAUUAAGUUAAUAUGAUAUAUUUUAUAUGUAAUGUUAAGGCAACCACCUAUUUAACUUUUCUUAAAUUUUAUCUGCUGUAUUUAGCAUUUGGUGCACGAAGUGGUUCCUCUUAGCUGCAUUAAGUAUUUGUGGCAGCUGUGGUGCCUCCAGUCAUGAUGCACUAACAAAUUUAUUCUCUUGAGGCUGCUCGAUUCCUCUCCUGUUUAAAAGCAGGUGGGUUUGCACUAUUCUCUUCUGGACAUUCAGUUGCCAUAGUGCAUGCACUAUUUAUUCAUGCACUAUUUAUUCAAAGAAUAUAACAUUAUGCACAAUAAACACAAUGUUUGAGACAGGCAGAGGAAACUAUCAUUGCAGCAGACAUGAAACAGGGGACAUCACAGAAAUACAGGUGCUCCUAAGUUGCAACGUAUGCAACUUACAACUGCUUGCACUUGGGGCCAACCCAAAAAUAUUAGUACAGGUAGGAUUUGGGACCAAUAGGCCAGUCAUAAGCCAAAUUGGUUGUAAGCCAAAAUUUACAUUAAAAAUUUAAAGAAAAUAUCAUUUAGAUGUUCUGCCGUGGAUAGCUCAGUGUUCCUGUGCCUCCUACCCUCCCCCCCCAACCUGUCUCUGUCCUCAUGUGUUUGCCUUGCCCCAGCCCUGCAACAUUGUGCAACGUUACAAAAUUGAGCUACCAAGUUAUGCCAAGAUUGCAGAGUUUGCCAAACACCCCACCAAGUCGUUGCAUUGGGGGUUGUGUUGGUGAGGGGGAGCAGUGUUUUUAAACAAAGGACACGUAUUUAUAUGAGUGGCCAAUGUCAAUUUUGCUUCAUCUUCUUACCUUCUGUGAAUGUUUCUUUCAACUAUGAUUGUUGUUUCCAGUCAACAUUUGCCUAUAAGAGCUGCUGUGGGAAUAUUGUGAGACAUCAUUUUGGGUUCACUCAUCUGAUCGACCGUCUAGUUUGGCUCAGCUCCCCCUUUACCUGGGGGAAGUUGUGGCAGCUAAUGGGUGAGCCAAACACAGCUGAGACUUGUAAACAGUGGAGAUAACUGGGUAGACUCACUCCACCCUUGCUCUGAUCAUGUGCUGGCCAACUGCUGCCUGCUAGAUCUAGCAGUAUGCUUGUAUUCUGUAGGCCUAUAAACUGGUAGCAGAGCGACUACUGACUGUAUUGUGAGUAGUACUUACAGCAUGAGUUAAACAGGCAAUUGAGGGGGAAGUGUGGGUGGGCUGGCCCAGCCCACCCACGCCUGCCCCUCCUGCCUUACCCCAGCUCGGCUGGGUCAGCGGGUGAGAACAGCGACAGGUGUGGUGGGGGGUGGUAAUAAGCGCAGGAACUCAGUGCUAACAAACAGCCUCUUUACCCAUGGUGGGAUAUUUGAAAUGUCAACUCAUUACUUAAUCAAGUAUUACUAAUUUUAUGGUCCGGGUUGCAGGUGCAAACAGUCAUAAGUCGCAUCAGCCAUAACCAGCCCAUCCAUGCUUCCCCCUCAGCUGCCUGUGGAACAAGUCUCAGCUGCCUCAGGUUCACCUGCUAGUAGCCACAACUCUCAUCAGAUGUGGGGGGAGAGGUGAGCCAAAUCAUAGAGGCAAUCACUGAUCACAACCAAUAUGGCUUCCCACAACAACAGACCCUUAACAGUAUUCCUGCAGCAGGACAUAUAGGCAAUCAUAGGUGAACGCAACAUUCACAGAAGGUAAAAUGAUGCAGCAGAGGUGACAUUGGCCACUAACACAACUACAACAUGUCCUUGUUUACAAACCCUGCUCCAAUACUACCGCCCCCACAACAACUUGGUAGACGUUUGGCAACCACCAUCAUCUCGACAAAAUUUGGCAGCUCCACUGUGUAACAUUGCACAACAUGGCAUGGCUAAGGGGUCACCUGAAUCACAGGACUGGGGAGAGGUGAAUGCAGGACACAGUCAGGUUAGAGAGGGAGGGUAGGAGGUGGGACAUUUGAAUAUUUUAUUUUUUAAUGUAAAUUUCGACUUACAACCAAUUCAAAUUACAACCUGCCUGUUGGAACCAAAUCCUGUCGUAACUUGAGGACUGCCUGUAGCUUGCCACUGUAACGUCUUGUGUUUGUCAAACCUUUGGCGGCAAGAGUCCAGCAAUGGACAGUGCAAACCCACCUUCUAAAUGAGAGUGAAAGGCGAUAAGCUUCGAGAAUAAGCCUCCAAAAAUAAACCUGUCAGUGUAUUAAAAUCAUAAAACACUUGAUGCAGUUAAGUGAAGCAUGCCGUGAGUGAUAAUGCCUAUAACAACAAAAACAAAAAUACUAAGGCUGGUUGCUCUUGUAAAUGUAAAAUAGAUUACAUCAACUUUUGAUUCCUUGUUAAGUGCUUAUGCUCUCAAGAAAUGCAACCGCAUUCAUUACCAUUAUUCCUUGUGAGAACAUCAAGCUAACUUUACAAACUUAAAGUUGUGGCCUUUCCACGGACAAGUUCGCAUAAAACACAAACAGAGUGCAGGUGUAUAUUGGACUGUUUCUUACCCACUGUACAAAUACUGGAGUAUCAAGUUUUUGUAGUUUGUACAUAGAGAAUAGUAUAACUUCAAAUGUGAGAGUAUAUGAUACAAAAUAUACAUGAGCUUUCUUAUGUGCGAUAUUAAUACUUGUACUGUUCUACAUGGCUAUUAAAAUGUUAUAGUACA